AUGAAGGAGACGGACGGAGGAUCCAAAUUGCAAUCUUACAGUAAAUGCCUAGUCAUAGUAACGGGAAUAUACACCUGCUUCCUGUCAUUCGGAUAUUUUUUAGAGAAGCUCCUGAAAUAUAAAGUAAACGACGCCGUGGAAUUCAAAUUCCCGAUCUUCAUCGUAGUUGUAACUUCAGCGUCGAACCUGGUGAUGAGCGUGUUGCUGCUCCUUGCGCAGUACGUUGGAGACCUACGAAAGAAGAAAUCGCAGUCGGGACGCCAGUACCGCCCAGUGACGAGGCUGGAGGCCUCGAAGGUGAAAAGAGAGGGCCUGUUCGGCAACCUGGAGAGGAAGCACCUGCUCAGGCUGUGCCUGUCGUCCUCAUUCUCAAUCAUGGCCCAGAUGACGGCGACCUACGCGCUCCCGUACGUGGGAAUUCCGACGCAGGUGAUCAUCAAGAGCUCGAAGAUGGUGCCGAUCCUGAUCGGAGGCUUCGUGCUCUUCCGCAAAAGGUACGCCUGGUACGACGUCACCUGCGUAGUCUCAAUAACGCUCUCAAUCAUACUGUUCAACUUCGAAAGGUUCAUUAACUACAAGGACAACAGGACCUCGGUGCUGGGAAUAUUCCUGUGCUUCCUGUCGCUGUUCUGCGACGGCUUUGUGGGCCCGAUCCAGGACGACGUGCUCUCGAAGGUGUCGCUGCACCCGCACUUCCUCAUGUUCAUAUCGACCAUGGUGUCACUGCCGAUAUCGCUGGCAGCAUGCCUGACUUUGGAGGGGCUGCUGCCGUUCAUGCUGGUGAAAAACAGGGAGAUAAUGAAGCUGGCGCUCUCGCUUGCGCUCUCGGGAACCCUGGGACAGAUGUUCGUCUUCCUGUCAAUAACGAGCUACGGAAGCCUCUACACGGGCAUCAUAACGACCCUGAGGAAGGCCUUCAGCACGCUGCUGUCGGUGUACAUUUUCAAGCACAGCCUGACGAGGGUGCAGUGGUUCGCGCUCCUGACGACCUUCUCCAGCAUAUUCAUGCAGCAGUUCUUCAAAAACAAGGACAAAGCAGUUAAAAAGUCAAAGUAA